GGGCGAGGGCGGCGGAAGAUGCUGAAAAUGGCGGAGAGCGGAGAAGAUCCAUUGCAGGCAGCUGGAGUGUGCGCUCAGCCCACUGUGAAACGCAAGCGCACUGUGGAAGAUUUCAAUCAAUUCUGCAACUUUGUUCUGGCGUACACUGGGUACAUUCCACCAUCCAGAGAGGAAUGUGAGUGGACUCCAUCCAGUUCGAAUUCUCCCGUCAGGGCAGAGAGCGUGGCGGACAGUGACAGCUGGGACUCCACACAGUCCAUCGAUUUUGACACCAUUCAGAACUUUGUCAAGAAGGCAAGAUCCUCCAAGGGCAACGGCUUCCACCGGCUGAAAUCAGACGGCUUGCUGCUGGACAGGCUGAAGCUGAAGGACUCCCUCUACCCUCCAUCGGACAAGAAGAAGGAGAAGGAGCGGAAGGGCAAGCGGUGGGGCCCGGAGGUGGAGCAGCAGCGGGCUCUGGACGGGGAGAAGUCUGGUUUUGCCCGCAUCAAGAGGAGCAAGAAGCACAAGCUGAAGAAGGAGAGGUCGGAGAAAAAGAUCAAGAACUCUCUGAGCGAGACGGACUCUGACGAGGAGAUGGUGAAAGCAAGCUUGCUCUCCGAGCCUCUGAGGCCGGCGGCUGAGGUGGCUACUGGCGAGAAUUUUAAGAUGGAGAUUGAGGAGUGCCUGAGCAUGGUGAACAGUCACGAUGGGGAGACCAGCUCGAGUGAGGGGGAACCACGGAUCAUGGAUGAGGACAUCAUGGUGGAGUCAGACGACGACUCGUGGGGCCUGGUGACCUGCUACUGUCAGAAGCCCUUUGCGGGCCGGCCCAUGAUCGAAUGCAACCACUGCAACACCUGGAUCCACCUGUCGUGCGCCAAGAUCCGCAAGUCCAAUGUCCCCGACGUCUUCUUCUGUGAGAAGCGCCGGGACGCCAAAGAAGGCAGGAGGUCGGGCUCCAACCAGAAGAAGGUCCCUUGAGUGACUCCCCAUGUGUGUGUGUGAGCCCGUUUUUGUGACUCUACUCUCCAGGUUAAAACAAGAACGCACGUCGCCAGCAAGGUGGAAGGUCAGCCAAAGAGACCUCGGGGUGGGGAGGGGGGAGGGGGGGGGAGAAGAGCAAAGACCACCCAGGGGGGAGCAACAGGUUUCACUUAAACUGUACAGAAUCUGCAAACACUUCCCGUUGUCAAAGUGUGGCUGUCUCACACUGGAUGCAGCUGAUUCAGGCCUCGAUACCUCCCGGGCCUGAGUGAAUGGCUUGGUUGGUAGCCAAGGGCAGAGUGUUGGCUUGGCCCUGUCGAGAUAUCUUGGCCAUCUGGAGUGUUUUCUCCCCCCUUGUUUUACCCGUCGAAGUCUGCCUUCGAAAAUGGUGGCUACUGGCAAAAGAAAAACAGACUAUGUGCGGCACUCUGUGUCCGUGAAGAUUAAUGGAAUAUUGUCCUCCCUUGCGUUUCUCAACUCCGGCAGCCCUGCGUUGAAGGUGGUUGUCCCUGUUCAGAUGGGGGGGGGGGG